AUGAUUGAGUCUUCUCGUCUCCCUCUCCCCACUGACCCCUCCAGUGAAAAUGGGACCUCAAAAAACACAAGCACAACACUGCCGCUAUGCAAGAAAGAGGAGCCACCAAAGCUGAGAAGAACCGACCGUGUAUUGCAGCGGCAGGACAGCUGGUCCAGCUUUUAUACAGGCAAACAGGACGAGGACCAAAGCACGGAUUAUGUCAAACCUCAGGAUGGUUUCAGUGCUCUGCUGCGGCGUCAUGGCGGCUCGAGGAGAAACUCCCUGCUUCGCUGGUGCCAGAGUCGUACCCAAGGUUAUAAGAAUAUUGAGAUCACAAACUUCAGCAGCAGCUGGGAGGACGGCCUGGCCUUCUGCGCCAUUUACCACACAUAUUCACCGACCUGCAUCCCGUACGACACCCUCGACCCAGCACACAAGAAGGAGAAUCUGGACCUUGCUUUUAAGACAGGAGAGAGUUUGGGAAUCACAGCCACACUGAGCGUGGAGGAGAUGCUGAAGGCCGACGGGCCGGACUGGCAGAGGGUCCUGGGUUAUGUGGAAAGCAUUUUCCGGCACUUUGAGAUGUGAAGUCAAACUUCUCUCCUCUUGUUCUUCCUCCUGCUCCUUUUCCAUGAUUGUGACUGAAGGACAGAAACGCUGCUCAUCACAAUCUGCUCAUAAUGAACUCUGAACAGCCUGGAUCAGAAAACAUGUCAGCAAUAUUAAGACUUUACGGUGGGAUUUUAUGUACCAAUAUAAUGUUCAUCCCAGAAACUGAACCUUGGGUGUGUUUUUUAUUUUUUUACUGAUCUAUUCCAAUCCAAAUAGCAGUAGGGUGAUGCACAAGACACUAAACGAUUUGUCAGAUUUAAAGUGAGUACAGGAACACGAACACCUCAUCAAUUACUUUCACGUUGGGUGCUGGUUUUGCACUGGAAAAAAAAAGAGCACUUAAUUACUAAUGUUUACUUUUAUUUUAAGUGGGUGAUUUUUGAAUGUGGGGCACUUUUUACUCUUAUUUAUAGUUAUUGUUUUUAAUCAUGAACCUCUCCCACUGAUCAUGUCUGCAUGCACCCACACCCAAAGAAGGAAGGAUGCAGACACAAGAUUUUAAAUGUUGGAAUAGUGAUGUUUUAACCUUAAAAUCUCCAAUAAUCGUCAAUGGGAAAGUUAACUUGUAAAUAUGUAAAUGUGUGUAAGCGCUUCAGUAUUUUUAGAAAACACGGUAAACAUAUGAAGAUGUUGUUGCCAAAGCCUUAAUGCAAUAAUAAAGUUAUGUAUGUAGAAGCUG